AUUGAGAUAAAAAAAAAAAAAAAAAAAAGAUACCUUUCCCAACCUUGGUCCUCCUUGACAUCUUUCUCUGCUUUAUUUUACUUUUCUAGUUUUGUGCAGUCUAUCGGUGACCAGAACGAGAGAGCUAUUUUGACGUGGGUUGAAGUUAUUUUUGCCUACGGUUGAAAACCCGGUCUAUACUCGUAUACAUUACUGCGGUACUUUAAAGCAGCGGCUGUAGCCAUGUCUGACGUGAGGUUUUUUUUUGUCGUGGCCCUAGUCGCUACCAUAUCCUGUCAAGAAAAAGAUUCGAACGUUCCUCCAACACUUCGUGAAGGAACAGACAAGACUCCAUUUAUACCUCCACAAGUCCCCAGUUAUCCUGAGGUAGCAGGACAGUUCGCGAAAGUAAACGUUCAACCUCAUCACGGCCCAGUCAAGGUGGAAGCUCCGCUAACGAGGCUGUUUGUCGAUCGUCAAACCGGUGAUGUAAAUCUGCGUGCAGGUCCGGUGGCCCUCGACCUUGACACGGCGAAAGAGCAAAGACCGUUCAAACUCUGGAUCAACAUUCCAAAAAUCUUCAAUCUUCGCUUAGGCCAUCAAACAGACGGAACGAAUGUGUAAAUGUAUGUAUUCCGAUCCUGCGUGGGCUUAGCGGGUCCCUUCACCGUAUUCGGAAGACAUCGGUAGUUAGCCAUUACUAUUUGUUAUUUUUCCAACUAAUAAUGUCAAUGAGAUAUAAUCGAAAUAGAAAACAUUCGCGUGACUAGAAUAAUAAGAGGACACUCACGUUGAUAUACCUACUACACAGGAAAAAUAUUGAUAAUGGUAUAAUUUAUUGCUAUUGAAUGACCUGUCGAAUCCAUUUGGGCUUAUUAUGUUUUUUUUUUUUGUUUAUGAAUCACUCGUACGUGUAUUUGUGCAAAGGAAAGGUCUGAAUCGAUUACAUGAAGUUCAAAAAACAAUGCUUCGCUUUGAAACACGUGCUAAACGAUUUGCAGUUGGCGCAUCUCAAUAAAACAUAUUUCUUUUAUAUCAACUCUGAGAAUUGUUGUUGAGAGUAAUCGGCUUUUUUCGUAGGAGUCAGUUCUACAAUUGACUUCAAAGUCGAAUUGAAGGUCUACUAAAAAGCGCCAAUGUUUUUGGCGACUAUUGAUGGUUGUGACAGAAGUAGGUCUUCGAGCGGCUGCCAGAAGUUUACGAUAGAUCCCGAUGAGCCAACCUUUGUUUCACCAGAAUUUUUAUUCAUUAGUUAUGCUACUUACUAAUCGUGCAAGUUCGUUCUAUGAACAGAAGGAACUCUGCUACUACAGAAGGCUUUAGAAGGCAAACGAUUACUUGAUUAUCAUAGGGAGGUACGUCACAGCACUCAUAAAUCAAUACUUACCUGCUUAGUGCCAGACAUGUAUUUCAAAGUACAGUUAAUUCAAAACAAUUUACAAUCUACCAUCUUACCUUACCGGGAAUACAUUUAAACAAUAGACUGCUGAUUGUUUUGAAACAGACGAUGACUUUACUUUCGAUUUACAAUUGAAAUCAUGUGCUUUACC